AUGGAUUCGAUGGAUGCGUCGGAUGAGCUCGGGCACCCCGUUGCCAGCGAGGCUCGGGAUCGUGCCCGGCAACGGCUGGCCCAAGGCAACAAAUGGAUCGUCUGGGACGACCGCCAAGAAACCUUAACACACGAUGCCAGCGGACGUCUAGCCUUUCCUCGUGUGGAGGAAGCUGUCACGGCAGCUCGAAGUGAGGAGGGCUGCCUUGGCGUCUAUGUUGCUCAUCUUGCCAAUAAGGAGGACUGGAAAAUGCGCCUCUUUGAUCAAACACAGCCCUUGCCGUGUGGCAAGCUCUCGUGCGCCGGAUGCAUGCGUGCCAAUAAUCUCAAAAACUGCCCAACCCCUGGCUGCAAGAGUCGCAUUCGCAAGGCACAGCGCAAGGCCUGUUCCAUGUGCGGCAAAUUGCCGUCCAAUUCCGGUCCCGCUGUCAUUGAUAGCCCCGAGGCAUAUGCCAAGGCCAUUACUGAUGUCAAGAAACAUCUUGAAAAGAUUAAAACUUUGAUGGACAAUUUGAACGCGACACGUCAGGGAUCCCUGUUUGCUUUUCACCUUCUGAUCAACCCUUGGUCCGGCGAUCGACUCACAGCCGUGGAUCAGCGAAAAAGAGAAAAUGGCGUUGUCAUGUCCGGCUGGUACGGUGACUGCACCUCACUUCCUGCCGAGGCUCUACAUCGGCGCGACGGCCGCAUCAACAUUCACCCAAAGGACAAGGAGCGUAUCAAUCACUUUGUACACCGUGACAACAUCUUCACCUGGGCCAUGCUCGUGGCGGGCGCCCACCUGCGCGAGGCCAAUGCCACUGAAAUUCAGCUCAAGUCACAAGCCAGCCGCACGACCACAAACAGCUGCCCCAACUGCCCUGCCAUCCCAGACACUGAACACAUGAUGUUGCCCUCGGAACACCACCACAUGGGCCACUACGUCAACCAGCACGGCAUGGUUCUACCAGCUCUCCCGCACCCGGCUAUGAUGAGCCACCAUGCCGACUCCCACCCGGAUGCCGACCAAGCAUACAAAACAGCGGCAGAUGCUGCUCUCCCACCCGUUGGCCAGCCUGCCGCCAACGCUGUCGCAACCCCGCCCGUCUCGUCCCAAGCUGGGCUUGCAGACCAGGCCGCAGCCCAACACGCUGGCUUAGCGCAGCAAGAUGGCGUUGAGCAUGCUGCGAUGGCGAUGGCCGGACUGGCCCAGCGGCACCCAGAUGGCAGCCAUGCAUUGCUCAUGCCUGGCAUGGCGCAACCCAUGUUGGACGGCAUGGAUACUGGCCAUUACCAAAGCAUCGCCAACUCCAUGACCUCCUCAAACCCUCCAAUGUAUCCUUAUCCACCCAUGUACUCGCACAUGGAAGUGGCACAUCAGCUGCCCCCGGAACAAUUGCCUGACAUGCAGGAGCGCGAGCGCGAAGCUCAACAUGCGUGCCGCCAUGAUGCCUCGCUCAAGCGUUCCCCGGGUCCCUGA